AAUAGACAGAACGGAAUUGAAAGCUCCCAUUUUUUGCAGAGUUUUCGGUUUUUAGCCGUGUCCUCGUCUUUUAUUGCCUAAAGAAUGGGUGAUAAAAAGAAAGACGAAGCGGCUGCAGAUCAUCGUCUUGAUUUUGUGAAUAAUUACCUGACGAAAUCGUUGAAACUGAAACAGGAUAAAUGGGCAAAAAUGUUUCAAGAUGCAGAUAGUAAGAAACUUUUUAUGAAUUUUCUCGACAAUGGAAGCGUACCAAUGAUGAUAAUGUAUAUGGCACCAUCGGGUCUUUUAACACCAUCAUAUACAUAUCCGGCAAACAUGAAAAGUAAAGGUAGUUAUUUCAUUCGAAGAAUUCCUGAAAUUUUAACUGUUGAAAAUAUGAAACAAGUGCUCAUUAUCGGUGAUUAUUCUUAUAAAUCGGUGGAAGAACUUUCAGUUUUAACUGAAGACAUUUUUGUGCCAUUAUUAAGUAAUCCUAAGAAUCAUGUGGGAUGGCCGAAAGUUGUAGCACAAGAUGUCCAAGCUCAUAUAGAAAUGUUCAAAAAUACGGUUUAUCAAUUGCGUGGUGCUCUUAAAAGUCAACCUCUUCUACCAUUACCACCUGGAACUAAUGAAAUAUUUGAAGUAGUAAAUAGAUUCACAGAAAGUGAAGGAGCUGAUUAUGAUCUUCAUUUGAAAGCAGCUAUAGAAAAUGCUGUAAUAAUUUGGUUUAAUAUUUGCUCCGAUGUAUUAAAACAAAAUUCAAGAUUAGCUUUUGCUGGUGGUGCAAAUCCGACUCCAAUGAAAGAGGUAGAAUUUUGGAAUUUUCGAUUAAAAAGUCUUGAAUGUAUUUAUGACCAGUUAAGAGAUCCUCGUGUUAAACAAAUGAUACAUUAUUUAGAAUUAACUGAAAGCUCUUAUUUAUCGUGUUUUAAGUCGACAUUUAAAAAUAUCGUAGCCGCAAUUUUAGAAGCUAGAGAUAUUUGUUUGUAUUUAAAACCGAUGAUCAAACAUUUUUUAUCGAUGGAAGAAGACUUUCUUGAAAAUGAUAAAUACAUCAAGCCGCUCUGUCACGUUCUUGGAAUGUUGUGGGCACAUUCAAGAUAUUAUUGUACGAGCAGUAAAAUGGUGACAUUAUUACAAGAAAUUGGAAAUUUAUUUAUUGAAGCUGUUGCUAAAGCUAUUGAUCCAAGUUCAAUUUUUCAAGGUGAACCUGAAGAAGUUUUGAAAAAACUAAUAAUCUGUAUUGACAACUUGGAAUUAUUUACACGUUCCUUUGAAAAUGUACGAAACGAUUUGGAAAGUUAUUUUCCGGAAGAUGUCGAGUUCGUUCCGUGGAAUUUUCAUGCAAGAAAUGUUUUUCAACGUUUAUUUGAUUUUAUGACACGAUUAAAUUUGAUAAGAGACAUACUAGAAACUACCAUAGAAUUUUUGAAAUUGGAAAAAGUUGAAAUUGGUGGAUUAAAAGGACGAUCACUUUCUAGUAAAGUUAUUGAAGUUCUCGAAGAUUUUAAUUUAGCAUUUAAAGUAUUUCCAAAUAUACAAUAUGACAUAUUACUUCCUGAAGAUCAUAACAUUGAAACUGAUUAUAGAGAAUUUAUGGAUAAAUGUUAUGAUUUAGAUCGAAGACUGGCUGCUAUUUUCGUCCAAGCAUUAGAUGAAUGUAUCAAUAUAACCAGUUUUUUUAAAUUUGUUUCUAUUUGUGGAUCAUUACUUGAACGUCCAGUAAUAGCAGCUGAAAUUUACGAUAAAUAUAAAGUAGCACUUGGAUAUUUAAACGAAGAAUGCGACACAGUUAAAAUACUGUAUGAUGAAGGUAUUAAGGGUGUAAUACCAAUUGAUAAAUAUUUUCCACCUGUAGCUGGUAGAAUGUUUUGGUUAAUGAAGUUGAGAGAACGUAUUGCAAAACCGGGCAACGAGUUUAAAUUAGUCGAGCACGAAGUCGUUCAAUCUGAAGAAGCCGAUUACGUUUAUACAAAAUGGAAUGAGAUGUUAGAUAUCAUUAAAAACGAUGAACAUCAAACGAUGGCAGCUUGGUUAGCCACGGUUCCUGGUAUUCUUAGUGUGAGUCUAAAUAAGACACAAUUAACAAGGCAGGAUGGAUUACUUGCUUUAAAUUUGGACAAAGAAUUGGUGUGUCUGCUUCGUGAAGUUAAGUAUUUAAGGGCAUUAGAAUUAGAAGAUAUUGACCCAGCAGCGCGUGAAUUAUUUGAACGAUACGAAGAACUUUACAACGUUAUUAUGAAACUUAUACGAAUCGUUGAAUGGUACAAUCAUUUAAAAACGAGAACUUUACCGGAAGAACGUGGAUUAAUUGCUGAUCAAGUUGAUGAUAUUGAUGUUAAAUUAAGUUCUCUUAUUAAUAAUUUAACAUGGGCUAGCGACAAUACAGAAUUCAUCGAAGACACUUACAAUCAAAUAAAAGAUCUUUACGAUCGCGUUCUACUCGCCGAAUCUAACAUUUCUCAUUACUUAGCAGAUAUAGAUGCUUGGGCAAAAGAAUCGUUAUAUGAAAGGCGUGAAAAAAAAGAUGAAAACCCCAUCAUGUUAGAUGAUAGAAAGGAACGCGUGCAAAGACGUUUCGAUCAAGUGACAGCUUGCGCUCAAGAAAUCGAUAAAGCACGAGAAAUGAAUUAUAUGUUAUACUUUAAUAUUCCAAUACCAUCUGAAGAGCCAGAAGUAUCUGACGAAGAAGAAGAUAAACCUGUAGAAGCAGAUGAAGGUGGUGAAGGAGAAAAGGAUGGGAAAAAGAAAGAUAAAAAAGAUGAAGAAGCUUCAAAAGAUGAGAAAAAAGGUGGGAAAAAGGGAAAAGAAGAAGAAGCCACAAAAGAUGAGAAAAAAGUUGGGAAAAAAGGAAAAGAUGAUAAACCUGAGGAAGCAGAAUCUAAAGAUGCUAAGGAUGAUAAAGGUGGUAAAGGAAAAGGUGGUAAAGAUGAACCACCAGCUGAUCCACCUGAACCUGAAAAAACACCUGAAGAAAUUGAAGCUGAAGAAAAUCGAACAAAAGCUUGGAAUUUAUAUGAAGUUUAUUUAGAUAAAGUACUUCUUCAAAGAAUGAUUAGUGCUACCCACGUUUCUUUCAGUUUUUUUAACAAAGAAAUGGUUGAUGAUAAAGUAUCAUAUCCACUUUUUGAGCUUUUAGCUGAACUUCAUGAACCAAAUGUCAUUUUUAUGCCAUCCGUUGAUUUAGAUGAUCCAGAUAAUGUAUUAUAUUUUAUACAAACAUUAUUACAGGAUAUUCACAAUAUGUCUUUACAUAUGCCUCGAAUAAUAAAAAUAAAUCCACCACCGGAAGAAGAUCCUGAUGCACCACCGCCAGUACCCGAUGAGGAGAAAACGAUUACAACAGCAGUUGGUACUUUAACCGACGCUGGUGAUGACCCUACUCAGGGAACUGAAGGUGAAGAACCACCAGUUCUCUCAUAUGAUGAACAAGAUAAUUAUUUACAAGAAAUUCUUGAUGAUCUUACAUUAAAAACUAUGUACGAUGAAAUAUUAAAUAUUGUAGCAAAUGCAAUUGAUGGUGUUGUAACUUACGAGAAAACACUUGAUAAAUAUUCUUAUCUAUGGAUAGAUGAUAGAAAAGAAUAUUUAGAAGAAUUUUUAAAGUACGCGCGGCAACUAACUGCUGAUGAAAUUGAAAUGUUGAAAGAUGAAACAGCUGACCCUAUACCAGAGUCAAAACCAACUAUACCACAAUUUAAAGACGAAAUCGAUAAAUAUGAAGCUUUAUAUAAAGAAGUUGAAAAAAUGCCUACAGAAUUUAUAGUUAAUACAUGGUUAAGAAUUGAUUUGAGGCCAUUAAGACAAGCUAUACUUAAUAUUGUAUGUAAAUGGAGUAAUAUGUUUAAACAACAUCUUGUAGAUCACGUCAUGAAUAGUAUAAAUGAAUUAGAAGAAUUUAUUAUUGAUGCAAUUAAAGUUAUGCAAACUCCUCUUGAUGAGGAUGACUAUGAUGGACUUCUUAAAGUGAUGGGUUAUUUAUUUAAAGUUAAAGAACGUACUCCAGCUACAGAUGUUAUGUUUGAACCAUUGAAACAAAUUAUGGAUUUAUUAAAAGAAUAUGGCGUUGAAUUUACAGAAGAAGUUUAUACACAGUUACAAGAAUUACCUGAUAAAUGGUUAACAUGUAAAAAAGUUGCUGCUACAACAAAACAAGCUGUGGCACCGUUACAAGCAAAACAGAUUAAUGCAAUUAAAAGAAGAAUUUCUGUCCUUGAUAUUAGACAAAGUGUACAUAGAGAUUAUUUCAGGAGGCAAAGUUUUUUCAAAUUUUCCUGUACCAACAUGUACAAAUUACUCGAUAAAUGUAAUAUGCAAAUUACGGAAUUAGAAAAUUACCAACAGGAUUUGGGCGAACAGGCGAAUCUCUUUGAAUUAACAAUGCCCGAGUUUAAACAAUUAAAAUGUUCCCGGAAAGAAUUACGAUUAUUAAAACAAUUAUGGGAUUUUGUUAAUAUCGUUAAUUCAUCGAUUGACGAAUGGAAAUACACGCGGUGGAAAAAAAUUGACGUUGAAGGUAUGGAAAUGGAGCUGAAAAAGUUUGCAAAAGAAGUUCGUACUAUGGAUAAGGAAAUUAAAGGUUGGGAUGUUUAUAUACAAAUGGAAGCUCAAAUUAAAAAUAUGUUAACUUCGUUGAGAGCUGUUACUGAAUUGCAAAAUCCAGCUAUAAGAGAUAGACAUUGGAUACAAUUAAUGCAAGCUACAAAGGUAAAAUUUGUAAUGGAUGAUGAUACUACAUUGAAUGAUCUUUUGGCAUUGAAGCUUCACGAAUAUGAGGAAGAAGUAAAGACUAUAGUUGAUAAAUCUGUAAAAGAAAUGGCGAUGGAAAAGGUAUUGAAAGAAUUAAAUGCAACGUGGACAACAAUGGAAUUUGGUACUGAGAUGCAUGAGAGAACGAAAAUGAAAUUAUUGGUUGCAUCUGAAGAGUUAAUUGAAACAUUAGAAGACAACCAAGGACAACUUCAAAAUAUGAUGACAUCGAAAUUUAUUGCAUUUUUCUUGGAAGAAGUUUCUGAUUGGCAAAAAAAAUUAUCGAACGCCGAUCAAGUUAUAAAUAUCUUCUUUGAAGUACAAAGAAAAUGGACUUAUUUAGAAAGUAUUUUCGUUGGUUCUGAAGAUAUAAGAAAUCAAUUACCAGAAGAUUCAAAACGUUUUGAUAAACUCGAUAAAGAUUUUAAAGACGUUUUAGGAUCGAUGACAUCUAAUUUAAAUGUUGUUAAAGCAACGAAUAAACCCGGAUUAUAUGAACGUUUAGAAGUAAUUCUCCAGCAACUACUACUUUGUGAAAAAGCUCUUAAUGAUUAUCUUGAAACUAAACGACUUGCAUUUCCAAGGUUUUACUUUGUAUCAUCAGCUGAUUUAUUAGAUAUUUUAUCGAACGGAAAUCAACCUGAAUUAGUUGGAAAACAUCUUACAAAAUUAUUUGAUAAUUUAGCUAAAUUGGUUUUUGUUGACGCAAAAAGAGCAAAAGGUAUGAUUUCUAAGGAGAAUGAAGAAUAUGUUGAAUUUCCAUCGUUUUGUGAUUGUUCUGGUAAAGUUGAAGUUUGGUUAAAUCGUGUUAUUGAUAUAAUGAGAGCCACUUUACAUAAAUCAUUUGGUGAAGCAAUUGUAACCUACGAUGAAAAACCAAGAGAAGUAUGGAUUUUUGAUUAUCCAGCUCAACCAGCAUUAUGCGGUACACAAAUUUGGUGGACAACAGAAGUAAAUGUUGCUUUCAGUAAAUUAGAGGAAGGAUAUGAAAACUCAGUUAAAGAUUAUAAUAAGAAACAAAUUGCCCAAUUGGGUUCGUUAAUUGUAUUACUAUUGGGUGAUCUAACACCAGGUGACCGACAAAAAACAAUGACAAUUUGUACAAUUGAUGUACAUUCAAGAGAUGUUGUUGCAAAAAUGAUUGUACAAAAAGUUGAAAGUUCCCAAGCUUUCCAAUGGCAAAGUCAACUACGACAUCGAUGGGAUGUUAAAAUUAAAGAUUGCUUUGCGAAUAUUUGCGAUGCCCAAUUUAGAUAUCAAUACGAAUAUUUAGGGAAUACUCCAAGAUUAGUUAUUACACCGUUAACUGAUCGAUGUUAUAUCACGUUAACACAAAGUUUACAUCUUAUUAUGGGUGGAGCACCAGCUGGUCCUGCUGGAACAGGAAAAACUGAAACAACUAAAGAUUUAGGAAAGGCUUUGGGCAUUAUGGUUUAUGUAUUUAAUUGUUCCGAGCAAAUGGAUUAUCGAUCGUGCGGAAAUAUUUAUAAAGGAUUAGCACAAACUGGUACUUGGGGAUGUUUUGAUGAAUUUAAUCGAAUUUCAGUUGAAGUAUUAUCCGUCGUGGCUGUACAAGUAAAAUGUAUUCAAGAUGCGAUUAAAGAUAAAAAACAAAGAUUUUUCUUUUUGGGAGCUGAUAUAAUUUUAACCCCCACAAUUGGAAUAUUUAUUACGAUGAAUCCUGGGUAUGCAGGAAGAACCGAACUCCCAGAAAACUUAAAAGCAUUAUUUAGACCCUGCGCAAUGGUAGUUCCCGAUUUUGAAUUAAUUUGCGAAAUUAUGUUGGUCGCUGAAGGUUUCUUAGAUGCAAGAUUACUUGCGAGAAAAUUCAUUACCCUUUACACUUUGUGUAAAGAAUUAUUAAGUAAACAAGAUCAUUACGAUUGGGGAUUAAGAGCAAUUAAAUCUGUAUUGGUAGUUGCGGGUUCUUUAAAAAGAAGCGAUCGUCAAAGACCGGAAGAUCAAGUGCUUAUGAGAGCAUUAAGAGAUUUUAACAUACCAAAAAUAGUAACUGAUGAUGUACCAGUGUUUAUGGGAUUAAUUGGCGAUCUAUUUCCUGCAUUGGAUGUACCCAGAAAAAGAAAUGUUGAUUUUGAGAAACUGGUAAAAGCAUCAUCAAUUGAUCUAAAAUUACAACCGGAAGAAGGAUUUGUUUUAAAAAUAGUACAAUUGGAAGAAUUAUUCGCUGUAAGACAUUCCGUGUUUAUUAUUGGAUUUGCUGGAACCGGUAAAACUAUGGUAUGGAAAACGCUAAAUCGUACAUAUUUUAAUCAAAAACGAAAACCAUUUUAUAACGAUUUAAAUCCAAAAGCUGUAACAAACGACGAAUUGUUUGGCGUAAUAAAUCCUGCAACUCGUGAAUGGAAAGAUGGAUUAUUUUCUGUAAUUAUGCGAGAUCAAGUUAAUAUACCUGGCAACGGUCCGAAAUGGAUCGUUUUAGAUGGAGAUAUUGAUCCGAUGUGGAUCGAAUCAUUAAACACUUUAAUGGAUGAUAAUAAAGUUUUAACUUUAGCAAGUAAUGAAAGAAUUGCCUUAACACCGUAUAUGAGGUUAUUAUUUGAAAUUGCUUCAUUAAGAACAGCAACACCUGCUACAGUUUCUCGAGCUGGUAUUUUAUAUAUAAAUCCUGCCGAUUUAGGUUGGAAUCCUUAUGUAGCUUCCUGGAUAGAUACAAGAACUAAUCAAAGUGAAAAGGCUAAUUUAAUGAUCCUUUUCGAUAAAUAUGUUCCACCUUGUUUAGAUAUGGUCAGAGGAAAAGUUAAAAAAAUUACGCCAAUAUCUGAAAUUGCUCAUAUCUCGAUGCUUUGCUUUCUUUUGGAUUGUUUUUUGACACAAGUAAACGUACCGGCUGAUUGUCCAAAAGAAUGGUAUGAAAUUUAUUUUGUUUUUUCGACGGUGUGGGCUUUUGGGUCUGCUUUAUUUCAAGAUCAAAUCACCGAUUGGCGUAAUGAAUUCAGUAAAUGGUUUACAAAUGAAUUUAAAACAGUUAAAUUUCCUGCAGCUGGAACUGUUUUUCAUUAUUACAUCGAACAGGAAACUAAACGUUUCUCCCCUUGGACUGAUUUAGUUAAACCAUUUGAAUUAGAUCCUGAUAUUCCUCUACAAUCAACUUUGGUGAAUACAGCUGAAACGACAAGAAUUCGAUUUUUUAUGGAUCAUUUAAUGGAACAAAGACAUCCAAUUAUGUUAAUUGGUAGUUCUGGAAGUGGAAAAUCCGUAUUGGUUGCUGAAAAGUUGAAUGAACUCUCUGAUAGCUACGCAAUCCAAAAUGUCCCAUUUAACUUUUACACAACAUCCGAAAUGUUACAAAAAGUAUUGGAGAAGCCUUUAGAAAAAAAAGCUGGUAGAGUUUAUGGGCCGCCUGGUAAUAAAUUAAUGAUUUAUUUUGUUGAUGAUAUGAAUAUGCCUGAAGUUGAUAAAUAUUUUACUGUUCAACCUCAUACAUUAAUCAGGCAACAUAUGGAUUAUCAACAUUGGUAUGAUAGGCAAAAAUUAUCUUUAAAAGAUAUCAACAAUGUUUUAUUUGUAUCUUGUAUGAACCCAACAGCUGGUUCUUUUACGAUCAAUCCAAGAUUACAAAGACAUUUUUGUGUAUUUGCUGUCAGUUUUCCUGCAAAUGAUGCAGUUUCUUAUAUUUAUAAUAACAUUUUGGGUCAACAUAUAGGAACAAAAUCAAACAAAUAUAAUCCCACAAUCGAAAAAUGGGUUGAACCGAUUGUUGCCAUAGCGAUGGCGUUACACGGAAAAAUGUCUCAGACAUUUUUACCAACCGCAAUUAAAUUUCAUUACGUGUUUAAUUUACGUGAUUUAUCAAACAUAUUUCAAGGCAUACUGUUUACAACCGGAGAUGCGAUUAAAACUCAAACUGAUUUUAUAAGAUUAUGGAUGCACGAAGCAACACGAGUUUACUGUGAUAAACUAGUUGAUGCUAAAGAUAUCGACACAUUUACUAAAAUGAUUAAUGAGAUUGUUAAAAAGGGGUUCGAAGAAAUAAAUGAACACGACGUUAUGGAAAAACCAUUGAUAUUUUGUCAUUUUGCUGAUGGCAUUGGCGAUCCUAAAUAUAACCAAAUUCAUAAUUACGAUCUUUUAUCCAAAUUAUUAAAUGAUGCUUUAGGUGGCUAUAAUGAUUUAGUGGCAGCUAUGAACUUGGUUCUCUUUGAGGAUGCAAUGAAUCAUGUUUGUCGAAUAAAUCGAAUAAUGGAGGCACCAAGAGGUAACGGUUUAAUGGUUGGUGUAGGCGGGUCUGGUAAACAAUCCUUAACCAGAUUAUCGUCUUUUAUUUCAUCAUUAGAAGUAUUUCAAAUACAAUUAAAAAAAGGAUAUGCUAUGGCCGACAUGAAAGCUGAUAUAGCGCAAAUUUAUAAUAAAGCAAUCUUGAAAAAUAUAAGCACCGUAUUUUUAAUGACAGAUGCUCAAGUUCCUGAAGAAAAGUUCUUAGUUAUUGUUAACGAUAUGUUAGCAUCAGGCGAAGUACCUGAUUUACUAGCUGAUGACGAAAUGGAAAAUAUCAUUAAUGCUGUCAGAGGUUUAGUUAAAGCAGCUGGGCAAGAAGACACAAAAGAAACUUGUUGGAAAUUUGUCAUCGAUAAAGUUAGAAAAUUAAUGAAAAUAUUAUUAUGUUUUUCACCCGUCGGAUCAGUUCUUAGAAUCCGUGCACGUAAAUUUCCAGCUGUUGUUAGCUGUACUUCUAUAAAUUGGUUUCAUGAAUGGCCAAAACAAGCUUUAAUAUCAGUAUCAACACGAUUUUUAUCCGAAAUUGAAGAGUUACCUAAACCCCUUGUAGCAUCAGUUUCAUUAUUUAUGUCACACGUUCACUCUGUAGUCAAUGAUAUGUCAGUUGUGUAUCUUCAAAACGAUAGAAGAUAUAAUUACACAACGCCAAAAACAUUUUUAGAACAAAUUGCGUUAUAUUCAAAAUUGUUAAAAGAAAAAGUCAAAGGUAUUGAAGAUAAUAUAAUGAGAUUAGAAGUUGGUUUAUUGAAACUAGCUGAAACAGCGAAAGAUGCCGAUGGCUUAAAAGAUGUUUUAGCUGUACAAGAAGUAGAACUAGCUGCUAAAAAUGCCGAUGCGGACAAAUUAGUUGCUGUUUUAUCAGUUGAAAAUGAAAAAGUUAGUAAAGAACAAGAAGGAGCUAGCGAAGAAGAAGCUAAAGUAAAAGUGAUCGAGGAAGAUGUUGGCGUUCAACAAAAGCUUUGCGAAGCUGAUUUAGUUAAAGCUGAACCGGCUCUUCUCGCUGCACAAGCAGCUUUAAAUACAUUAAAUAAAAACAAUUUGACUGAAUUAAAAUCUUUUGGUACCCCGCCCGAUGCAGUGGUUGCCGUAGCUGCCGCUGUUUUGUUACUGUUUUCACCAAAAGGUAAAAUACCAAAAGAUAGAAGUUGGAAAGCUAGUAAAUUAAUGAUGGGAAAAGUUGAUCAAUUUUUAAACGAUCUUAUUUAUUAUGAUAAAGAAAACAUGAAUCCAGAAGUUGUAAAAGUUGUGAGAGAUUAUCUUAAAGAUCCAGAAUUUACACCCGAAAAGAUUUUAGCAAAAUCAAUAGCAGCAGCUGGAUUAUGCGCUUGGGUAAUCAACAUCGUCAAAUUUUAUGAUGUUUUUGUUGUUGUUGAACCUAAACGGAAAGCUUUGGCUAAAGCUAAUGCCGAUUUAAAUGAAGCUAGACAACGUUUGCUAAUGCUAAAAGAGAAAUUGGAUGCUUUGGAAGAGCAAUUAGCUGUUUUAAGGGGCAAUUACGAUGCUGCCAUGGAAUUAAAAAUGAAAUGUCAAAAAGAAGCUGACGCUACAAAUAAAAUGAUUGAUUUAGCUCGAAGAUUAGUUAAUGGUUUAGCUUCGGAAAGUGUACGCUGGAAAGAAUCAAUAAAACAUUUACAUGAAACCCGCGUAACGAUCCCGGGAGAUAUAUUAUUAGUAACAGCUUUUAUAUCUUACGUCGGAUGUUUUACGAGAAAUUAUAGAAUAAGAAUGCAAGAUGAAUUUUGGAUACCCUUUAUAAAAAAAUUAGAACCUGCAAUACCUAUGAGUGAGGGUUUAGAUCCAUUAUCUUUAUUAACAUCGGAUGCACAAAUUGCUCAAUGGAAUAAUGAAGGUUUGCCAACUGAUCGAAUGUCUGCAGAAAAUGCUACGAUUCUUACAAAUUCCGCUAGAUGGCCAUUAAUGAUUGAUCCACAAUUACAAGGAAUUAAAUGGAUUAAAACUAAAUAUGGAGCUGAAUUGCAUGUUAUUAGAUUAACAAUGCGAAAUUAUUUAGAUCAGAUUGAAAAUUGUAUUUCAAAUGGAUCCAUAGUAUUAUUGGAAAAUAUAGGUGAAACUGUCGAUGCUGUAUUAGAUCCAGUAUUAGGAAGAGUAUUGAUUAAAAAAGGAAGAUGUGUGAAAAUUGGUGAUAAAGAAGUUGAUUAUGAUCCAAGAUUUAGAUUAAUUUUACAUACAAAAUUGGCUAAUCCACAUUAUAAGCCUGAAAUUCAAGCGCAAACGACCUUAAUUAAUUUUACGGUAACCAGGGAUGGUUUGGAGGAACAACUUUUAGCUGAAGUUGUAAAAGCUGAAAGACCAGAUUUGGAAUUAUUAAAAUCAUCGUUGACAAAACAACAAAAUGAUUUUAAAAUUACCUUAAAAUAUUGUGAAGAUACUUUAUUGGAAAGAUUAUCUUCGGCUACAGGAAAUAUUUUAGGUGAUGAAGAAUUGGUGAUAAAUUUAGAAACCACGAAAAAAACGUCUGAAGAAAUUCAAGUAAAAGUAGCCGAAGCUAAAAUAACGUCGGUAAAAAUCGAUGAAGCCAGGGAACAAUAUCGACCAGCUGCGGGGAGAGCUUCUCUCAUUUACUUCAUUUUAAACGAUUUAAAUAAGAUUAAUGCUAUUUAUCAAUUUUCUUUGAAAGCAUUUAGCGUGGUUUUUAAAUAUUCACUUUCCAUAGCUGAACCUGCUGAAAAACUUAAAGAUCGUUUAGUUAACUUAUUGGACAGCAUAACAUUUUCAGUUUUUAUGUACACAACACGAGGUCUUUUUGAAUGUGAUAAAUUAACAUUUAUGGCGCAGAUGUCAUUUCAGAUUUUACUAACUGCGGGAGAAAUACAACGUGAUGAAUUAGAUUUUCUAUUAAGAUUUCCCAUUGUGGCUGGUGUCGUUUCACCAAUGGAUUUUCUAUCAAACGUUUGUUGGGGAGGAAUUAAAGCAUUAUCUCUAAUGGAUGAAUUCAAAGGUUUAGAUAAAGAUUUGGAAGGUUCCGCCAAACGAUGGAAUAAAUUCGUUGACAGUGAAUGCCCUGAGAAAGAAAAAUUGCCAGGUGAAUGGAAGAAUAAGUCAUCUUUACAAAGACUUUGUAUGAUGCGAGCUUUAAGACCAGAUCGAAUGACAUAUGCUGUUAGAGGAUUUAUUGAAGAAAAACUUGGAAGCAAAUUUAUUACAGCAAGAACUGUUUCUUUUGAAAAAUCUUAUGAAGAAACUAGUAAUGCAACACCGACAUUUUUCAUUUUAUCACCGGGAGUAAACCCGUUAAAAGAUGUUGAAAGAAUUGGUAAACAACUUGGUUUUGCGAUUGACAAUGGAAAUUUUCAUAGUAUUUCUUUGGGGCAAGGUCAAGAAAUUGUUGCUGAAAAUGCAAUGGAUGUAGCAGCCCGAGAGGGACAUUGGGUUAUACUUCAAAAUAUUCAUUUAGUUGCAAGAUGGUUACCAACUUUGGAGAAAAAAAUGGAACAAUAUAAUGAAAACUCUAACGAAAAUUAUCGAUUAUAUCUUAGUGCUGAAGCAGCUGCAGAUCCAGCAAAUAAUGUUUUACCUCCUGGAAUUCUAGAAUCUUCUAUAAAAAUUACUAAUGAACCACCGACAGGAAUGUUUGCCAAUUUACAUAAAGCUUUAGAUAAUUUUACUCAAGAAACUUUAGAAAUGUCAUCAAAAGAAACAGAAUUUAAAACAAUUUUAUUUUCAUUAUGUUAUUUCCAUGCUGUAGUUGCUGAAAGACGCAAGUUUGGCCCUCAAGGUUGGAACAGAAAUUAUCCAUUUAACGUAGGCGAUUUAACAAUAAGUGUUAACGUUUUAUAUAAUUAUCUUGAAAACAAUGCCAGAGUCCCAUGGGAAGAUUUAAGAUAUCUAUUUGGAGAAAUAAUGUAUGGUGGUCAUAUUACCGAUGAUUGGGAUAGAAGACUUUGCAGAACUUACUUACAAACUUAUAUGCAACCGGAAUUACUUGAUGGAGAACUAUAUCUUGCAGUUGGAUUUUUAUCUCCACCAAACACUGAUUAUGUUGGCUAUCAUAGAUACAUUGACGAUAGAUUACCACCAGAAUCACCAUAUCUUUACGGUUUACACCCAAAUGCUGAAAUUGGAUUUUUAACCAACACAUCAGAAAUGUUAUUUAAAACCAUUUUUGGGUUACAACCAAAAGAUGCAGGUGCUGGUGGUGCUGGUGGACAGACCCGUGAAGAAAAAGUUAGAUCUUUAUUGGAUGAUAUCUUAGAUAGAUUACCACCUGCUUUUAAUGUUCAAGAAAUGAUGGCUAAAAUAGAAGAUCGGUCCCCAUAUAUUAUUGUUUGUUUCCAAGAAUGUGAUAGAAUGAAUGCUUUAACAUCAAUAAUGCGAAGAUCAUUAACCGAAUUAGAUUUGGGAUUAAAAGGCGAGUUGACAAUCACUUCGGAAAUGGAAAGUUUAGAAGAAUCACUCUUUAUGGAUAAAGUUCCUGAUUAUUGGGCAGCGAAAGCUUAUCCUUCACUAUUACCAUUAGGUCAAUGGUACGCUGAUUUAGGACUUAGAGUUAGAGAAUUAGAAGGAUGGACAACUGACUUUUCAAUGCCCUCCUCUGUAUGGCUCGGAGGUUUUUUCAACCCACAAUCAUUUUUAACGGCAAUUAUGCAACAAACUGCGCGUAAAAACGAGUGGCCUUUAGACAAAAUGUGCUUGCUGACUGAUGUUACUAAAAAACAGAAGGAAGAUUUUACUUCAGCUCCGAGAGAAGGUGCCUACGUCAAUGGUUUAUUUAUGGAAGGUGCUAAAUGGGAUACCCAAGCGUGUGUAAUUGGAGAAUCAAAAUUAAAAGAACUCUUCCCAGUAGUCCCGGUUGUUUUCAUUAAAGCUAUUACACAAGAUAAGCAGGAUUUAAGAAACAUGUAUGAUUGUCCUGUUUAUAAAACUAGAAGCAGGGGACCGACGUUUGUAUGGACCUUCAAUUUGAAAACGAAAGAAAAACCUGGGAAAUGGACUCUCGCUGGAGUUGCUAUUUUAUUGCAAAUUUAGCAGAUAUAAACAAAUUUUAUUC